GGUAGCUUUUAUGUCCCUUCUGAAAACUGUAUGCAACAUGCAUACAAAUGGCAUAAGGACCUGUGUCUGCUGCUCUUGAAUGCAUACAGAGGGCUUCAUCUGUACUACACAGUCAUAAUGAAAGAGAUUCCAGAUUUGCCACAGCUGAAGUUAGCGGAGCUAGCUGUGGAAGAUACGCUAUCCCAACUUUGUACAGAGCUGCAGGUAAGAAGAUUCUCAGAAGCAUUCUUUUAUGCUGAGCACCAAAAGCUAGCUGUGCUGACCUUUCAGGAAAGCCUGAUCCAAAGACACAGCCAGAUUUCUACGGAAGUUCGGAAUUCCGAGUACCUCACCAGCAUGCCCCCUCUGCCGGCUGAAUGCCUAGACAUUGACGGGGAUGGGAACACAGUCCCUGUGAUUUUUGAAGACAGAUAUGUGGACUUCCCUUACAAAAGUCGAAGUGUGGAUGUUUUCCCAGCUCUUGAGGUUCCUGAGAUGAACGGUACACAGAUGGACUUAAUAAGCAACAAGGAGGCUGUUGCAUCAAAUGAUGACAUUGCAUUAGCAAAGGGAGAUUUCAGGAAAGAUACUCUGUUAAUACAUACAGAUAAAAUAAAUGGAAAUGCCUCCUGUAUCUACAGCGAUAUUUCGCUUGAUCCUUAUACAGCUAAAGCUUUGACUCAGCACUCCACAUCUCAGGCUUGUACAGUCAAAAAGGAAGUCCAGAGGAAAACGGAUGUAUCCCAUGAAAAUACAUCAGUUUCAAGUAAGGAAAUUGUUUCUGGCUUGGGACCAGGCCUUUUAAAACACAAAGCCGAAGGCUUCCAAACAUCAGUGGACAUUUCAUUAAAAGACGAUAGACUUGCUAUCGGUGUUACAUGCGUGGAUAUGAAACCUACCAGUAAGGAUUCCCAAAAAAGUGAACCCACAUUAAUCAUUAGUGCUCUGGGUGACAGCGGAACUAGUGGCCUCUUACACAGCACUGAAUUAAGUAAAGCAGCUAAAACUGAUAAUUGUGAAAAUAGUCUCACUUCAGAUGAACUUGCAUUAAAUGAACUAAACAGUCCUGAAAAACCAGUGGAUCAAGACAACAAGGUUCUGUUACCAGUUUUGAAAGCGUUACCAAUCAGUACUUUGGAUUUAUUAACGCAGACAACAAAAGAUGCCCUGGAAGUGAAGUCAUUUGUGAAGGAGCAAGGAGUCGAGGAAUGCGAAGAGUUUACCCUGACGUCAGGGGUCAUAAAGAGAUCUUCAUCAAUAAUAUCCGACUCGGGCAUUGAAAGUGAACCUAGUUCGGUGGCUUGGUCCGAUGCGCGUAGCCGGGCUUUGGAGCUUCCCAGUGACCGUGAGAUGCUGCAACAGCUGGUCUGGAGGCACACCAUACACAGAAACUCCCUAGAGGGUGGGCAAACAGAAAGCAAUACAAGCUUGCCCAGUGGGAUCCAAGCAUCGCUGACAUCAAUUAGCUCAUUGCCAUUUGAGGAAGAAGAGCGGGAAGUAGAACUUACAAAGCUGACCAAGUCCAUUUCUGCACCACAGAUCAGCAGCCCAGAGGAGCCCACAGACACGGUAGGUGUUUCCAAAUGCGAUAAAGCAAUCUUGGAAGUUGCAGAAAGGCCCUUGAAAAGCUACAUGGAAGUGACAUGCAGAAGCAUAGAAAUAGCAGGAAAUUUUUCUGACUACCAGACUGCCAGGGAAAGUGAGCAGUCAGAACCAAACAUCGCCAUAGGAGAGCAUCCUAGCGCUGCUGUCAAACAAGGUAACAGCAGCGCUGAGCUACCAGAAGAAGUGGAAGAUAAGGAAGGUUUGGCAGAAAGAGAUUGCAAUUUGGAAUAUGCAGGACAACCUGUCAAUCUAAAGCAGCACAGAUGGGAUACCUCUGAAUGCCAGGCAGUGCAGAGAAAUGAGGAGCGCAGCUUGGGAACACUGAGUGUCAUCACGUACUCGGAGCAUAGUAGCGUGCAGUGCGGUGCAUGUAGUGAGGAUCUGAAAGAUGCACUUAAACCUGUACCAGAAAGGUUGAAAAUAAGUCAAGACUUUUAUUCCAGUGCUAGCACACCAGACGUCGAGGAUUUCUCACGUGGCCUGAGCCAGGUACCAGAUUUUUGCUACACUGUUCCAGCCUCAUCAGAGACAUCGACUGAAUUUGGUUCAACGAGAGGAGAGUGUGGUAGCCCCAUUGCCAGUGAAACCAUGAUGUCAUGUGAAGAAAUGCAGGGCUUACAAGAAAUUGAACUCGACGACUCAUCUGCACUGGUGGAUUCUGCUCCCGUACCUUAUUGUGCCGAAUAUCCUCAGGAACCAGACAGGGUGGAGCAUCGGCUUGUGGCUAAUGGCAGCACUGGCUUUCACUCUGUUGCCACAGAGGGGUUGGCACUGGAGAGUCGAAAGGCCAUUGAGGUGGUUAACCUGUCUGUUUCUUGCACAGCCACGUGUCUUCCCUUUUCUUCUGUGCUCAAAGAGACUCCUGCCGUGGUUGGCUUCUCUUCAAAGCAGGCUGCUUUCCCUAUCACACGGCAGCCAUUAGGCUCCUUCAGUGUUGUCCCCUGCAGUUCAGAUGAUGUGGAGGAAGAGGCCAAUGAAAGGAUGCUUAGUUUUUAUCAGGCCAAAGAAAAGUUUAAAAAAGAACUGAAGAUUGAAGGAUUUCUGUACAGUGACUUAUCUGUACUAGCUUCUGAUAUCCCAUAUUUUCCACCAGAGGAAGAGGAAGAAAAUUUGGAAGAUGGAAUUCACCUGGUUGUCUGUGUCCAUGGACUGGAUGGGAACAGCGCAGACCUGCGACUGGUAAAGACUUUUAUAGAACUGGGACUCCCUGGUGGAAAGCUGGACUUCCUAAUGUCUGAAAGAAACCAGACUGAUACUUUUGCUGAUUUUGAUUCGAUGACUGACCGAUUACUGGAUGAAAUUAUUCAACAUAUCCAGCUGUACAACCUCUCCAUCUCCCGGAUAAGUUUCAUUGGUCAUUCCCUUGGUAACGUCAUCAUCCGAUCAGUAUUAACUCGGCCAAGGUUUCGCUAUUACCUCAACAAGUUACACACCUUCCUGUCCCUCUCUGGGCCUCACCUAGGGACCCUUUACAACAACAGUACUUUGGUUAGUACAGGCCUGUGGCUCAUGCAGAAGCUGAAAAAAUCAGGGUCACUUUUGCAGCUGACCUUCAGGGACAACGCAGAUCUGCGCAAAUGUUUCCUGUAUCAGCUCAGCCAAAAAACAGGUCUUCAGUACUUUAAAAAUGUUGUGUUGGUGGCCUCUCCCCAGGAUCGAUAUGUGCCAUUCCAUUCAGCAAGGAUAGAAAUGUGCAAAACCGCACUUAAAGACCGGCACACAGGUCCCAUUUACGCAGAGAUGAUAAACAACCUCCUCCGGCCUUUGGUUGAUGCAAAGGACUGCACUUUAAUCAGACACAAUGUGUUCCAUGCGCUCCCUAACACUGCCAACACGCUGAUCGGACGGGCUGCCCACAUAGCCGUGCUGGACUCUGAACUUUUCCUGGAGAAGUUUUUCCUUGUUGCAGGACUCAACUACUUCAAAUAGCUCCCGAAACACUGGGUAACAAAGGAAAAGCAGAGUGUUCAAUGGCAUAGAAGCCCUUAGCCAAAAGAGCGCAGUAUUUGAAAUGAGUAACAUGCACAUGAUGAGGUGGGACCCUAACACUCCUCCCAUUUUCAUUUAUGUUUCAGAGAAUAAAGUGCUGUGGCUUUAAGAUAUUCCAACUUCCAAAUAUUGGUGCUUUUGGAAGACACAAAUAUUCAUGUUCAGUUCCAUGUUCUCUUUUGAUUGUUCACCUAAGACAAAAACCGCUUCUGAAACAGAGAACAAAAAUAAGAAGGCCAACUCUAUAGAUGUGACGGAACCAACAUGAUUCCGACCUCUGUUAAAUAUCAACUGAGGCACACGGGGUUCUUUGAUUUCACGCUCAUGUACUUAAUAAGAAAGCUGUACAUCUGUAGCACUUUUGUUGGGGGUAGUUAAUACAAGAGAAAACAAGCAUAUAUGAACUCAGGUUAAAACUUCCUUUUUGAUGAACUGGACAAUAUGAAAAAUAUGUAUGUGGUCAGAAUCCUUGAUAGCUACAGUGGUUCCAUUUGUCUAAAGAAAAUGCACAGAUGGUUCCAUUAUCCAUACCCAUUUGUAACAUUCAAAGAGUCAAGACAUGGAAGAGGGGAAAAUAAAUAUUUAAAUAAAAGGAAGGAGUCUUUAUAAAGCCUUUAAAAAACUCCAUUUCAUGUGAAAUAAAUGAACUCAAGAUAGAAGCAAUCACAGCAAGAGGAGUAUAUUGGAAUAAUCAUGGGAUACAGUCAUCUGUUAGCAUCUCUCCUGUUUACAUUUAUGGACUAAUAUUGUUUUUGCUUGUCUUUAUAACCAAGGUACAUUUGUUAUUUUUUAAAUCUGUACCUAAAUACAUUGGCCAAAGUUUUAAAAAUAUGUUGGUAUUCUGAGCUGAUAUUCAAAGUCAUGCCAAUUAAUAGUGCCACCAAAGCAAUGAAAGGCAGUAGGUUGUAGCUUUUCAACAGAAGAUUGUGAGAUGCUUCAAAAUACAGGGCUUUUCUAUUAUGCCCUUUCUGACAUAUGUUAGUCCCACCUGGAGCACUGUAUGCAGUCCUGACUACCACAGCACUAAAGCUGGUAGAACAUUUUUAAAGAAAAAUUAUUUAAAAAUAUCCAAGUUGUUUCCCAAGGUUCAAAAUUGACCCACUUUCCACUUUUUCAAUUUUUGUGUCUGUUUUUUAUUGAAAUUUUUA